AAAGGGGUAGCUUGGGCAAAAAAAACUCUCAUUCUUGUUCUCUUUCUCUAUCGUUCACCGAAGACGUGGGGCCUGGCCGGGAGAAGGGCUUGUUGAUGGAGAAAAUUGAUGGGUUUGUGGUGGUUAGGGAUACCACCGCGCCGUCAUGGUGUGCAUGAGGUUUGUGAUUCUGCACUUCUGGAACAUGAUUUCCACUUCGUUUGCUUCUGGUUUCACCAACCUUUCCAUGGUGGUUUGGUACUGAACUAGAGAAACAGAGAAAGGUUCUUUGCUUUGUGUUCUUACUUGUUAUUCUUGCUCUUUCUGUUCUGACUUUGGAUUUAUCAAAUCAAUUUAUUAUGGAUGAAAAUAGUUGCUUGCUGGAAGGGUGCUGUUCUUUCUUUCCUUUGAAUCAUUUCCCUUUUUUUUUUAUUGAUGUUUACAAUUUCUUUGUUAAUUGAUUAUGAUUAUUAGAGUGACAAGGUGCUAAUUAAUAUAUGGUUGUGUAGCAUGCUAGUUUGUUGGGUUGUGACUUUGACAGGGAGAAUGGGAACAUUGACAAUGAGGGAAUGGAGAAGGAUGUGAAUUAGUCUCCAACUAAUGUUAAGCAUCCUUGCAAAUUUCCUUUUUAAAAUUUGUUAGGAGGUUAAUCUGAUUGCUACUGUCUACUGCUUGACAUAAGUGCAUAAGCUUGAAAUGUAUCUCAUUUUUCAUGUUCUUGUGAAUGUAUCUUUGAUGGUUAGCUUGUAUUUCAAGUUUUUGCUUUUUUUCAUAGUCCCUUUUGGCAUCUAAACAAACUUGGUUCUUGUUGAAAGAAUUUAAUCUGAUAAAAUAAUUAUGCUCAUUUAUAUAUUUGGAGUUGAUUUCACAUUAAAGGAAUUAAAGCCAUUGAGAGUGAAUCAGAGAUAUAGCUUCAGGGAUCAACAGUAUAAUGGUUAAUCCUUCAUUACACUUCUUAGUUUCUAAUUCAAAUAUAUAUAAUUUUCUUUCAUCUGUUUGAGUUGUUCAUACGUUAAUUAUGAACUAUUCCCAUGUGGUUAUGUGUUUCAAUCAAUAAAAUCUCUGUUUUCAUUGGUGUACAAACUUGCCCAGGCUCCACAAAAUUCUUGGCUCCGCCACUGCUUACUCUAUCAAGUUUCACAGUCAGCUUCACCAGCAGCGGCAGGUGGGCAGCUCCGGCACAGAAACGGGUAGAGUAUGCACUCCCUCCUCGGGUAGGGGCAGCGUCCUGCCGCUUCGCCAGCUGCAGUCGUCGGGACCGUGAGGCCAGCGGCAGGGGGGCAGCCGCGGCACAUAUAUGGCACCAGCAAGCAAAGCCUCAUCGGGUAAGGGCAGCGCCCUGCAGCAGUCGGGAUCGUGGUGAGGAUACUCAGGACAAGAACGAGCACAAUGGCAUUGGCAGCACGUGUAGGACUCGCCAUUGCUUAGACUUAGAGUUGAUGAAUAAUAUAUUGGAAUUGAUGAAUCUAUUCGAGUUGAUGGCCCUAUUUAUAGAACAGGGUCUAGGCUAAUAGCUUUUUAGUCCCUCUUUUUUUUUAACUUGCUUUUUAGUCCCUAUUUUUUUUUAUGAAUAAUAUGUG